AUGUCACGUAACUAUAAAAAUUACCCGAGGGAUUUACGAAGUAAGCUCAAUGCUUCUUCACACCAUCGGAAGCGAAAGUCUGAACAUGUCCCGCGGAUGGAUGACGCCCCGAAACGAAGACGAACGAGGGAAGACAAGGGUAAUGUGACUCGGCCUAUCAGCUUCAAAGAGUUGGAAAAAAUCAGCAGAGAAUCAUCACCAGCCUUAAAGCUCAUCAGUAAAGCGGAAAGGUUCGAGGCGCUGUUGGCUUCAGAGAAGUUAAGCAACGAGGAAUCGAACCCAGAGUUUCUAAAGCUGGUUAUUUGUGCUUUUCAUCUUCUAUGCUCAGCAAACAACCUCAUCGCCGAGAACGCUGACAGGAUUUUACGUUCUCCCACUGCGAAGAAUUUCAUUGCAGGGACGGUUUUAUCGAGUUUUAUCAACGAAAUGCCUCAUGCUAACCAUUGGAAAGACGAAAAUGAUCGUCUUUGCACAGUGGGUAAUCUCACGGAAAUUUUUGUCGCAUUUCUUCAGAAAUUUGGCAAAGAUCUUGUUUACAAGCUACCACUGGCACAGCUUAACACGUCGUUGAAGGAGCUGAAAGAGAUGAACCUGGUCCAAGAUAUCGAUCAUCUUGACGAGAAGAUCCAGCAAUUGGAAGAAUUGAGAAAUGAAGCAAUUCGUUGUGCAAAGUUUGCAAAUGAUCAGAAGUCACAAGGUGAACCACCAGAAAACUUCAGAGAGUUAAGCGUCAUCCCUCAAGUAGAAGAUUUAAUUUCCAGACCCUUCCUUCGCGAAAACAUCACCGACAGAAGGUUUAAAGACUUGGACCACUAUUUAGAUGUACAGUUUCGUCUCCUGAGGGAGGACUUUGUGAAACCUCUUCGUGAUGGAAUACAUCAACUGAAAAAGAGCAGUGCCCUGGAACCUAAUCAUGACUACAAACUUAAACGCGCCAAUGAAAUUCAUGUUUAUCAUGACGUCACCAUCCAGUUUCCCGUGUGUGGCAGAAAAAGCCGACUUUACAAAAUCAGGUUUGACUCAUCUCAUCAAAAAGUAGCGCAAGUGAACUGGGAGCGAACUAAACGACUGAAGUACGGAACACUGCUUUGUCUUUCGGCAGACGACUUUAAUACGUUACUAUUCGCUACGGUGGAAAAUCCAGAUUCCAAGGAACUUAAAGACGGACUAUUGGAGGUACGUUUCGGGAACGUUAGCUCGGAGGAAGUGAACCAGUUUGUCGAGGAAAAGCAGAUCUUUGUCAUGAUAGAGUCUCCAGCCUAUUUUGAAUCUUACAGACACGUGCUUGAAGCUCUCAAGGAGAUAAACUCAGAGUUUCCUUUCCAGAGGCAGAUUGUGGAGUGCUGCGGGGAUGUCGAGCCACCUGAGUAUCAAAUGCAGGAAGAAUACGACAGCAAGUUCAAGUUUCAUUUUGAUGGCGUCUUAGAUGCAAAAAGGGAGGUAUAUUCAGAACCUCUUGAGUUGGCUGAACAGCAAAAUUCCCCAUCUGCCAUGGAAAUUGUGCCGAAUGCCUCGGCGGGUGUGGAAAUACCUAUGGAGAACGAGAUUCCUUCAACUGUACAAGAGGGUAAGUGUACCCCAAACGACCAAUGUUGGCCAGACAAGGAAAGUCUUGGGCUCAAUGAAUCGCAGAUGCGCGCAUUCAAAAUGGCGCUGACCAAAAGGUUAGCCGUAAUUCAAGGACCGCCAGGGACUGGAAAGACAUAUGUGGGUUGGAAGAUUGCACGUGUUCUUUUACAAACCCUCUCUCUCUGGGAGGAUGCGAAGGAACGGACACCAAUCUUAAUGGUGUCCUAUACAAAUCACGCCUUGGACCAGUUUCUGGAAGGAGUCCUGUCAACAACGAAAAGUAAGAUGUGUUUGAUUUUUUUGUUAUUAUCAUUAUUAUUAUUAUUAUUAUUAUUAUUAUUGAAGCCAGUGGCGAUCAAUAUAAACUCUACCUUCCCUAGAAAAAAGAAUCCAGAUUUACGGCAAAUGAUAAAUAUUAUGUCCUGCAUUGUAGAAGUAAGGAUGGUUCUUUUUUGAGAACAUCGUGAUCCACUGAACAGUUUUCCAUUGUUGUCGCCAACUAAUUUGUGAAAGUUAAGUCCCAGCAAUGAGUCUCCAUCGAGUUUAAAUUUUAAAUUCUUUUAAAAGAAUUAUUGUUUUAUCUAGUUACUCAGCAAAUACCUUAAAUAAAGCUGACUAAGUUUUUUCUGUGUCAUUUUUAGAUGUCAUUCGUGUUGGUGGCCGUAAAAUUAGCGGAAAACUUGAAAAUUAUUCCUUGAAGAACCAUCGUAGGGAAAUGCGUUGGAAAAAAGUGGUUCCAGAUGAAAUUUACAGAGCCAGAUUAAAGACUGGAGAAGACACUGUGAAGCAAAAGUUCUUCUCCGAAAGGUCUUUCGAUAUUUUACGAAGUUUGAGAACCAGUGUGGUGUCCAUGAAAGUCCUUGGUCAUCAUGAUUAUGCGCUGAAAGCACAUUACUCCCAACUUAGUGAAGCUGGACCGGAAUCAAUUGACGAAGCUCUUCUCGACUGGCUACGAAUUCAAAGGCGAGAUGAACGUAAACAAGAAUUCCCUCUCCUUGGCGAUUUGGAGGGGGAAGCGUAUGGUUAUGGCUAUGGUGCAGCUUUUGACAACGAGCCUUUUGAUGACAAAGACCUCAACCACAUCGCUCAUGAAAUAGCAAUCCUCUCGCCUGAAGACGCCACCAACCCUGAGGAGGUGAAACGAAAUAUUUUAAGUGAAGGGCUCAUGACAGGAGACGAGGAGAUGUAUCUUGAUGAUAUUUACCGGUUGAACACAAAAGAUCGCUGGAGACUUUACAGGCUGUGGAGAAAGAGGGCAGAGGAACAUCAUGAAAAGCUCUUCAAAACGAGGCAAGGCGAGUAUGAUCAAGCUGUAGAAAGAAAGCAGGAGAUCGCUAGAAUGGAAGAAUACGAAAUUCUUUGCAAAGCAUGUGUCAUUGGCAUGACGACCACGUGUGCCGCAAAAUACCGCAGCAUUCUCAAGGAGAUCCGCCCCAGGAUCGUCAUAGUCGAAGAAGCCGCUGAAGUACUGGAGGCUCACAUCAUUGCGUCAUUGACCCCGGGCUGUCAGCAUUUGAUUUUAAUCGGUGACCAUAAGCAGCUGAGACCCACCCCCGCAGUCUAUGAUUUAGCCAAGAGGUACAAGUUGGAUGUGUCCUUGUUUGAGCGAAUGGUGAAUGUUGGAAUUCAGUGUGAGAUGCUAAACGUGCAGCAUCGUAUGAGACCUGAAAUUGCCACCUUGAUGAAACACAUUUAUGACGAUCUUGAAAAUCAUGAGUCGGUGGAGAAAUAUGAAGAUAUCAAAGGAAUGAAGAAGAACAUGUUCUUUAUCAACCACAAAUAUAUAGAAGAGUCUGGUAAUCAGUCGCACAGCCAUGUCAAUGAGCACGAAGCCAAGUUUUUGGUCGCGCUAUGUCGAUAUUUAUUACAGCAAGGAUACAAAGCCGAUCAAAUUACCCUGCUGACAACCUACACGGGACAGAUGUACGCCAUUAGAGACUGCCUUCAAGAAGAAGAUGCCAUCAGAGAAUCUCUUAAGGCUGAAAACGAUCCAUCCGUCGGAUGUGUGCGUGUGACAACAGUUGACAACUUCCAAGGUGAAGAAAACGACAUCAUCCUUCUGUCGCUCGUGCGCAGUAACAAAGAUGAGAAAGUCGGAUUCAUCAAGAUUGUCAACCGGGCAUGCGUUGCUCUCUCGCGUGCAAGGAAAGGUUUCUACUGCAUUGGAAAUUUUGGCCUUCUCUCAAAACACAGUGACAUUUGGAAGAAGAUUGUUACAGAUUUGAAGGCUAGUGGCAGUAUUGGAAACGUCUUGCCCGUCGUUUGUCAAAUCCACAACGAUGAAAUCAGCGUUAAAACAGCAGAAGAUUUUAACACAAAAGUUCCCAAGGGAGGGUGUCAACGACCAUGUGCAGUACGCCUGAAAUGCGGUCAUGCGUGCACGUUGGAAUGUCAUCCUUGUGAUAGAGAUCACGUGGAAUUUCGCUGUCAAAAGCCCUGUAGAAAUAAAAGGGCAAGAUGUGACCAUACGUGCCCAAAGCGUUGCUGGGAGGUCUGUGAGCAAAAUUGUGAAAUAAAAGUUGAGAAACAGUUGCCAAUCUGUGGUCACACUAUGCUGGUAAGAUGCGACACUAAUCCCGAGAGGAUUAAAUGCCAAAAACGGUGUGAGAAGGACCUUCCAUGUGGUCAUAGGUGUCAAAGAAAAUGCAGAGAAAGCUGCACCAAGAAAUGCCACGAGAUUGUCAAGAAAACCGAUUGGCUUUGUGGACAUCUCGCCUCUAUCGCCUGCUCGGCAACUCCUGCUGAUUGUUCUCAUCCUUGUGAAGCCACGUUGGAAUGUGGUCACACGUGCUCUGGUACUUGUGGCGAGUGUCGCAUGGGUCGUAUUCACAAGCGAUGCAAAGAGCAUUGUGGUCGUGUUCUGAUUUGUUCCCAUUCGUGCAUGUCGUAUUGUAAAGAGUCGUGUCCGCCGUGUAGCGCAAAGUGUGAAAACCUGUGCGGGCACAGUGAAUGCCCAGAAAAGUGUGGAGAGCCGUGUACACCUUGUCACGAGGAAUGUCUUUGGAAGUGUCCUCAUCACGCUUGUACCAAGAAGUGCAGUGAGAUGUGUGAUAGACUAAGAUGUAACGAACCAUGCAACCAAGUAUUGUCUUGUGGCCACGAUUGCUGUGGUUUGUGCAAAGAAGAGUGCAUUUGUGCUGAGUGCACCCCAGUAAGAGAGAUUUUCUUCGGGGAGGAGGAAAACGAAUCUGCUCGGUUCAUCAAGCUUCCAGACUGCCAGCAUGUCUUUGAAGUAACUGGCCUGGAUAGGUAUGAAGUAACAGUAUGCUUUAAAUAUAAGAGAAAGCAAUAGGAUUAUACCUAUCAUCCACGCACUUAGGUAUACAUUCUUUGACUUAUCAAGGCAACAACCAGGAAAAGGUUACGUAUGUCUCCCUCUUUUGUUCGGAGAGAAAUUUCAUAGUUCGACUUUGGUGCUGAUAGUAGCCUUGAAGUAGAGGUUGGAAGGGAGAGGGUGGGGUCGUGUUAUUUUUAUUACCAUUAUUGCAUAUAAUACUGAUUGACACCGAAUGAUUGGAAAAACUUGGGCGCAUAUCGAGACAGGUUUUUGCGAGUUUCACACUGGCCACCGGGAAAGCUUGCAUGACUUUCCUGUCUUUUGGCUCUCUAAACGUUCUCCGUGUAAUUUCUGUGUCAUUCUUUUCGUGACUUGCGGAGAGAAGAGACAUUACAAAGGGUGGAGAAUGUCUCUCUUAAAUAUGUUUAAAUGAGGCUAUGUAAACACGAGAACGAUCUCCAUUAAAGAUGUUUGAAAAGAUAUGCAGGUAAACGUCUUAACAGUGUCUACAUACGGGCUCUCAUCUUAACACACUUAUCGAUCAGCGAGGGUGCACACUGUUUCUAGGCUAGUUCAAAUUGCCAGUCUUCUUCUCAUGUGAUUUUACAUUAAACGGGACAUGUCGCUGUGCAGAGCUGUGCAGGAUAUUAGUGCGAGUCACUUUUAGUGAUGCCUAAUUUUUCUUCUUGUUCAAAGCUGGAUGGACCAAAAUGAUGGUGUGAUUAAGCGAAAGCAGUGUCCGCGGUGUAAUACGCCAGUCCGCAAGAGCCUGCGAUACGGAAAUGUCAUCAAACAGCAGCGACAAGACAUCGAGCGAGUGAAAAGAGAAUUGAUGGGAAACAAGACGGAAUUGGAAAAGAAGAAAAGAAGCCUGUUCUUUCGUGCCUGUGAGAUGUUACAGACGGUUGACCAAAGUGUCAAAGCAUACUUGGAAAAACGAAAAAACAGCAUAAUGAAAACAACAAAGUCUGAGAUGAAAGCCGCAAUCAUUGAAAACCAGCUGAUGUUGAUACAGCGUUUGGACUCGACAGGAAAGAAAAUGCAAAGCGUUCUAGGAACGGUGUCUCCAGAGGACUGCUCUGAAAAGAAGUUACAGCGUAAGUUGAGAUUUUAACACCAAAGCAUUUUAAGUAUUUGAUCAAUGAGCUCACUGUAUUUAUGAGAAUCCAAGCUCUGCAAUUUCACUAAACUUGACAUGCAGCUUCCAAAAAGCUUACCAAGUUCGUCUGUAUUAUCAACAGACCAGCGAUUAACCGAGGAGCUUGGCUACCUAAAGAAGCGGCUUCUGUCUGACAGGGUAGGGCAUCUAGAGCUACAAGACAUAAACACCGAAUUCUCGAGACUCAAUCUUCAACUGGAGCUGUAUUCGCUGAACCGUGACAUCAGGAGCCUGGAAGUGGAAUUAGACGAACCUUCCCGCCAAAUGAUGACUGCAAUACAAAAGGAACUGUCCGGCGGUCAGCGCAUAGCAGACGAAGAACUGGAUAAACUAGUGAAUGACAUUGCAACUAUACGGUUUGUUUUAAACCCUAGAGGGAAAUGUCCUCAAACAGUAACAUUUCGACUCAAAAAAUGACUUUCCCUUGCAGAAAGUAAUUUUGUAAGGAUCGCUUGAGCUUAAUGACUGAAAAGUUUUUAAAGAUGUUCAGCGAUACUCAAACCUUGAUGUGCUCCACGACAUAAGUAGUAUUAAAAAGAGAGUGAGCUUAUUGAAUCGACUUCUGCAUUUUGGUAAUUUUUGUUAAGGUAUCAUCAGACUCAGUGUAACUCAUGCCUAGCCUUCAUCGUGAAGAUAGAAAAGCUUUUCCAAAAGAGUGUGUCUGAACUGAUUUUCAAAGAAACUUAUGGUGGCUGGUUAUUUUAGUUACGCAGUUAUUUUGCUCAAAGUGAGAUACUAUUAUGGGACUUGAGACUGAAAAAUUGUUUCUUGUCUAGGACAUCCAAUCCCCGAUUUAAAAAAUUGACGCCAGAAGAAAAAGAACAGAUCGUGACUGCCAUGAACCUUAAACCCGGUCAUUGGUUCAAAUGUCCCCAGGGACAUAUCUACGUCAUUACCGAGUGUGGCGGCGCUAUGGAGAAAAGCAAGUGUCCUGAUUGCGGAGCUGUGAUUGGUGGAGAAAAUCACGAUCUUGUAGGAGACAACCAAUUAGCGUCUGAGAUGGAUGGUGCAAAGUACCCUGCCUGGUCUGAACAUGCAAACUUAGCUAACUAUGGAAACUUAGAUGAAAUAGUGUGACUUUUUCGUUACUAGAGCUCACUUAGAUUGAGUGUCGUUCGAAGAAAACCACGUUUAUCAUAACAGCCAUUCAGCAGUGUAGAAAAAUUUUAGAAGCCAGCGAGAAUAUAAAUGAAAAGCGCGGGAAAACGAGUGACUACGUCGUGACCGAUUUUAGUUUUGCAUUUGAUUGGUUAAGAAGUUGGCUCGAGUUUUCUAAAGCAAUCAAAGAGCGAAGUAAGGCAAAAGCAAUGUAGUCCCUGAUCACAUCUGACACUCAUUGAAAUUUUGUCAAGAUGAAUAAUCCACAAAACUAUUAUAUUGCUUUGAUUUAUAGCUUUUGAUGGUGAUAGGCAAAUUAAUUAUUUUUCCUGACGGCAAUAUUUCAGUGAAACAUUCUUUUGGUAACUUGCAAGGAAUAUUUUAUGACUUGAUUCCAAAGUUCAUCUUAUAUUGACCGUAGGUAACAAAACUUUAUAGGAAUAACGUGUAAUAGCCUGUUAUUCCAAUCUUUUUCUCUCUUUUUUUUCUACAAUAAUCAAGACACAGUGAUUUAAAGAUAAGAGCUUAGACACGAAUAGUCCAUAGAACUCAUUAUUAGAAAAGCUAUAUGAUAAACAGCUGUAACAAUAGCGUGACCGGAAGUGAGAGGGGGGCAUAAGUGCCCUGUCAUCCGUUGUCAGAUGAUUUUUUUUUUUUACAAUCAAUAAUUUAAAAAUAAAAAAAUUCAGGUAAAAUGCAUGGCUGGAUGUGUCAGGUGGGGCGGCUCUCUGUGUGGAGAGACAGUUCUCACCCAUCCCCCCCCCUUUAUAAAUGUUAACUAUGCCUCUUUCUGGGGUAAACGUCUCUUUAGUGCAUGUUUAAA